AAUCCCGUAGCUGGGAUGGAAAAACGAGGCGUACCGACGACGACGCUGAAAAAUCGACCUGGUACCCGCCUCGACUGCCUGCUUUGCAAUUGAAUGAUCCAAUUUCGGGACAAUCGAUUCGAUGAAGAUUUACGACUGAAAACUAGCCACGAAAUGACGCUGUCGUUCAACGACGAUGGAAUCUCCGACACCAGAACCAUGAAAAUUUUUACAAAUAUCAAUCAAAAUGUUACAACACGAACAAAACCAUAGGUACUUCGUUGGAAACCAUGAAAACCCGCUCCAUCCAAGAAAUUAGUUAGUAGAGUUUGCUGGACAGGAAGAAGGAAAACAUCAAAGUGAAUGGAACCGCAACGACUACGCUGCCCCUGUGGUUUCUCCCCGAUUUCUGCUAGCACCGGUAAUCAACCGCAGGACAAUCGUUAUCAAUCGUCGAACAGAAAGCCGGUCGAGUUUUGUGAUCUAACAAAAUGCAAGUACGCUAAAUCCCAGGUGGAGAAUGAUAUUUGUACCACUCAGAGACUGCUCAACAAGAUCCAGCAUCUGAAGAAAAGUAUUCAAGAUCUGGAAUCUGCUCAGCAAAACAUCAAAGUUUAUAGAAAUUCUGGAUAUAAAGAUGUCCCCAGUCAAACCGAAGAUCCAGCCACAUCAGAGUUGAACAACGCUCGACAGAUAGUGAACAAUUGUAUAGCAGAAAUGAUGAAGUUAAAAAGAUUUUUGGAAGAUGAAAAUUGUUGGUGGAAGAUAUUCAGGAAACGGGAGUUCAACUGCUGUGAACAGAAACUACCUCAUCUUCAUGGUUUUCUGGAUGGGACGAUGGUCACCUUGAAAAUGCUCGAAGAAACACUCGACGUGGAUAAAGAAUUUGUAACGUCAACCCCAAUAAAAUCAAGAUCCUUGGAAAAUCAGGGCCCUGAAAUGCAAUUUGACGAGGGAAAAGAAUACAAAGAACAGGAUACAGAUACUGCGAGAAACUUAAGCAAAAUGAGUCCUCGCACAAGUUUUCAAGUUGAUCAGAAGACCAUCGAUUCUUGUUUAAAAGACUGUCCUGUAUCUUGCAGGCAACAAACUCCAAAUUCUCCUCAAACUUAUCCUCGAAAUUAUUCUCAAACUCAUCCUGGAACCUCUAAAGAAUCGCCAAGGAAUGAAACGCUGGAACGAGCAGAGCGCAGAAUCAAUCAAUUACCAAAACAGAUGUGGCAAACGAAAAGCGCGAUAGGUUUUGGACAGAGACCAAGGCCCAGUUACACGUUCGGUAGUGAAAACACAGCGAGAAGAAAGAUUAUUGCUGCUGAUAUCAGCACCUCCACGGAUCUAAUUACGGAGACACCGUAUAAAAACAUCGCUGUUUCGGCGCAGAGCUUUAAAUCGUUGGCGGAUGGAAGUUUCUUGGAUCAGAAUCAGAAUAAAAUCUCCCAUGGAGGAUCGAGAUCCAAGAGCAGGAGCAGAAACAGCGGGAAGGAAUAAAAGUAAAAAGUCGAGAAACAAAAGGGAAACGCGUGUUUCAAUGGCGCCAUCCUUUUAAUCGGAAGUGACACGUUCGUUUUGUCUUGACAGGAGAAAUUUUAGUCGAUCAUUAAUUUUAUAUUCCUUUCCUUGCAACAUGCUAUCGUUUCUAUUCGAGAGAAUAAUUGGAUAAUUUACGUUGGACACUUACGAAAGGCUUUCGAGCUUUGAAGAAGAUAUGGAGAAGAAUAAGAACGUGUAAAAGGGAACAGGUUUCUAUGUUUCAAGGAAUCUUUUAUGGACCGAACCAUCAUCGUGGCAAGGUGUCCAGCGACUUCAAACGACGAGAAUUUUAAAAUGGGCACCAAAACGAUACUGAUAUGUCGACAGCACGGGAUACUUCGAUCGCCGCUUUCAAGUUCUACUUCGCUUCAAAGCACAAGUUCGACUCGCACCAGCAUUUAUAUACUGAAGAAACUGUAGAAGACAUUAGAAU